CAUGCGCACUUUUCCGUGUGUGGUGGCAAAAGGUUUGAGUUGUCGAGCUAAACUUUGCAGAAUUAAAAUGAUAGCAUGGUUUUGUGUUACUAGAAACAGCGGUGCCUUGUUCAUGCAAAACUAUUGGAAUAUACUCCGUUUUUACGAAGGAAAAAGUCCACGUCCCAGUUUGUUAGCAUAACUAACUAGCGUUUGUUUGGCUAGCUAGCGAUGCAGGGAGGGCAACGUUGUGAAUCUAAAUAACGCUUAACUGUAUUGAAUGGACUCCAAGUAAUUACAUUCUUACAUUUAUUUAUCUGAGACACAUUUCAAACUUUCUAGAGUUUGCUUACAGCUCAAUCGUUCUUUAUAUAGUCAACAGCUGUUGUAUUGUUAUCUUUGACUUGCACAAUAAUGUGACUGCAGUCCCGUGGAAUCAGAAUGGACAGGGACUUGUUGAGGCAGUGUCUGACAUAUCAUGGAGAAUCAUUGUUCAACAAACUCAAAUGUGAACAAAUAGAAAACCCAGACUUCCAGGCUGUGGUGUCUGACCUGUGCAAGGCCACGUGUGAAAGCAAGAGUGAUGGGCAGGACAGCCCCCUUGUUGAGCAGUUCAUUGCCAGAAAGGCUGACAUCCUUUUCUGUCCAACAUGGAAAACAGCCACUCACAAAGAGCAGGAGGAGGAGGAGGAGGAGGAGGAGGAUGCCGCAGAGCCCUAUGCCAUCAUGCCACCGAUGGAGAUAUUCAUGGAGGUGUCUUAUGAGGAGAGAAGGACCAUGUUGUAUAGGGACUUGGAAAAGGGAGACAUUUUGGUGGGGAGGAUCAACAACAUCAGAGAAUACGGCUUCUUUCUCACUCUGCUUUGCACGGCAGGAGGAUUGAGGAGAGACAUAGAAGACCUGGAGUUGUCGGCUCUGUGUCACAUACGAGAAGUUCCCUCCACUGGCAGCCAUGACGAUCCUCUGUCCUAUUACCACAUCGGGGACUUCAUUAGAGGAGAUCCUGCAGUGGUUCCUCUGGCCUCAGCGAGGGCUCCCUCUGUGGGUCAGUCCCGUGAACAGCCUCUGCAGGAGCUUUAG